AGCCAAAACUACAAUAAUAAUAUCUAUCAAAGUGAGAUGGCUUCUACCAAACAUUUCUUCCUUCUUUUUGUUUGCCUUAGUAUACUUCUGACCCCAGGGUUAGGAGACAAAGUACAAUUUGAUUGCAGUCCAGAUUUUACUGACAAAGACUGCGAUAAAUACUGUAAGGAAACUGGUCAUCCGGGAGGCUAUUGUGGACCGGACCACGCUAUACCAGCUUUACGAAUGUGUUACUGCAAAGGUUAAUAAAAAUGUGGUUCGAAUAUAUCUGAUUAUCGGAGUUAAAACAUAAAAUAAAUAAGAAAGACGUAUAAGUAGAUUGUUCGUCUAUUUAAUAAUGAUUUAUAAUUUCAUCUCGUAA